UUCCAAAAUGUCUCAGGCAUCAUCAGUAAAUUGCAAAGUUGCUUAACAGGUUCUAUUUAAGCUGUUAUUUAAUCCGUGCCUUAGGAUCAGGAUGGAUUCAAAUUUAGGCAGCAUUCGAUUUUUCUGGAUUUAUCUAGUGCAGAAUAAAAUACCAAAACUUGAGCAUGAGUUUUCCACUUGAACAAAAUUAAAACAUAAGGUGAAGACUGUAUAUUGAGAGCUAACAAAGAGUGAAUGUUUGACAAAAUAACGUUUACGAGGGACAAAGCAAGCUGGUUGUACCUUUAGACACUAUCAUAAUGUGAUAGUCGGACGGUAUCACCCCAUUUAACUGCAAAAGACUACAGCAUACCCAUAGGUUCAAAAUCAUCCAGAAUGAACAUCCCAACUGAUCACCAUCACACCAAUUGCAUGCCUUGUGCUUCGUGCAGGUAAAUCAGCUGAGCAUUGCCGGUGGCUGAAACCAUACAUGCAGGCAUGCCUUUGUAUGAGCCAUGGGGGCAUUUUUGCGUUCAAUCCCCUAUUUAACAACCCAUUCCCAUGAAAAAAGGCCUCAGGAGGUGACAAUUGGAAACUGCUUCAAAAUCAAGAACAAGAAAUGAAGUCUUCUCAGUCCAUCACACUUGCUAUAUUCAUGCUCAUGCUGGUAACUGCCAGUGUGGUGCAGAAGGGAGAGGGGCUUACUUGUGGGAGCACAUUCUUCUCAGCAAUGGUCCAGCUGAUACCGUGCAGGGCAGCUGUAGCUCCUUUCAGCUCCAUCCCACCCAGCGAGGCCUGCUGCAAUGCCAUUAAAGCUCUUGGCCAGCCGUGCCUCUGCGUUUUGGUGAAUGGCCCCCCAAUCUCUGGCGUUGACAGGACCAUGGCCCUGCAGCUCCCUGAAAAGUGCACUGCCAACUUCGAACCCUGUGAUACGAUGAAGUAGAUGGUGAGCAAGAACACGUGGAGGUGAUGGUAAUGAAUAAUACACCGGCAUGCUAUGGCACUCUUUCUUUGUUCAGCAUUUAGUACUUCUGACAAUAAGAAGAUCAAGAAAGAUCAUGUACUGGGUCCUCUCUAGAAUAAAGCUCCAACUCUUCUUCUUCUUUUUUUUCUUUUUUUUGGGAAUUUGUAAUAACACCUGUCUAGUGGAACUUCUCAAUGUGGCACACAUUGCUCUCUUCCUCA